CCAUAAUUUGCAAGGUAGCCUAAGUCGAAAUGCCAGAGGCAGGCAGAAUAUUCAGCACUCUAUGUUAAUUAUUUCGAUGUGGAGUGCUUUCAAGGACUAAAUUUGUGUAUAGAGCAAGAAUCUUUCGUAAACCAAGUGUUACACUAUAUACAAAAGUGUGGUAAUUAAGGUGAAAUACAUUUUGAUCUGAAAGAUGACAUCUUUAGUUCGUUUUCCUCAGAUCAACACACAAAGUGUCUAUUCUAGUAAAAUCAAAGACUGGACUCCACAACUUAGAGCUGCCGGUAAAUUAACUGCCACUGGUGACACAACUGAAUUAUGUAUGAAACCAACCAAUAAAAGGCCUGAGAGUCCUGAUGUUGUUCGUCGAUUUAGAGCAUCUCUUCAACCUGAAGCUGGACGCAAAAGAAUAUUUUAUGGAAAGGCUGGUGACCCCCACUUACAAUGGGCAGCCAACAUGGCUCAUGGGGUCAGCACUCAAUCUUCCGAGACCUCUGCAAUUUUAGUAAAUCCGAAACCUAAAACACUCUAUAGACAAAGGCUGGAAGAUCGGAAAGAGAAUCUAUAUGCCAGUCAUAUCUGUGCUCCAUUAGGAAAGUCACAUGAUCAGUCGCCAGGGUUACCAGUACCACACACCCUUUAUCCCGAUUAUUUCACUUUUGGAAUUGCAAAUGAAAUAGAUAUCGGUGCUGGUGGUCUCAUUAAUCCUGAUAAAAAUUAUCAACAAGUAGAAGAUGAAUCGGCCAUUGGUCAUAAACUUUACGUCAAGACACACAUGGAUUACGAUGUUGGGGAGCGCAUCAAUAGAAGCUAUACAUGUCCAAAUUUUAACGCCAAUAAAAUAUACGGUAUCCCUACGCCUCAUUGUGAUAAUGGAAGAGAAGUUCGGCAAACAUUAAAAUGGCUGCAACAAGAUGAUAAAAUGUCUAAGAUCGUUUCGGAAAGAGUUGACAAUUUUCGCGAGAGGACUCAACCACAGCUUGGAAAGGUUCAUGAUCCAAUAAAAGAUACAUUAAAGGUACCAAGUGAUCAUACAUUUGGUGUUUUAUUGAAGGCAGAUGAAUACGGAGCUGGUGAUUUAUUACAUGAUCGUUUACCAGGAUCGUAUUUACGUGGGAAAGAUCAGCAGAGAGGUAUAUUAGCUGCUGCUCGUCAACAUUUAAAGAAAGCUAAUUAUCAUCAUUUCCCCGAUUUACUGGCUGCUUUUAGAUUUUAUGAUAAGGAUAACUGUGGAAAAAUAAGUAUAUCUGGAUUAAGAGACGUUUGUGUUGAAUUUAAUCUGCCACUUGCACCUGAAAUAUUAGAACAAGUUUUUGAUUAUUGUGAUGUGAACAGGGAUGGCCUUAUUGACUACAUAGAAUUUGCUAAUUUCUUAAAUUGGAAAGACAAAAUGGAUCUUGGUAUUCCAUAUAGUGAAGAUUUACCCUCACAAAGUAGUGAUUUUGUCCAGAAGUCACCUCAAAGUUCUGAUAGUACAGCCAGACGGUUAAAGAAACAAAUAGAUACAGCUGUUGGCAACCAUAAAACCAGUGCUGGCAUGAUCAAUGCUGUAGUAGGUGGAGUAUCUUCAAGAGAUUUCAGGACUUAUGGUGUACCCACCAUCCGAAUUGAUUUAGCAGCACCCAGAAUCAAACGCAUUGAUGAUCGCAAAAAUUAUGGUGAUGAAUCCGACUCCUACGGUCUGCUGAAUCCUUCAAUAUACAGUCAAAAAGGUGUUUACGAAAAAGAUUUUCUGAUACCCAGAUCCUUUGAAGAGAUUAAGUCAAUUUAUGAGAAUAUUGGAGUCAGAAUGACAGGUCAAACUUAUGAAGAUGUUUAUAAUAUGGCAGCAAGUCGUCAUCCAAAAGGUCAUGUCAGUGUGGAAUCCUUCAGGAAUAUCUUGGAUGAAUUACAAGAAAGCCAACUUCAAAGUGGAAAUCAUCCGCUGGCUGUUUAAGAAAUGUUUCUUGAACAAAAUCAUUACAUCAUUGCAGAAAGCUUACAUAACAAUAUUUAUCUUUGUUCAAUAUAAUCAAAGACUUUAUUCAUAAAAAUCCAAAUAUUUUCAAAUUGAGAAUUAGAAAUCAGACCCAGGUACAACAAAAAACCAUUUUUCUUGGUUUUCAGUUUUGGUUAAAGUAUGAUGGCACGAUGUUCUAAAGCCUGCACUUUAGAUAAUAAGUUCUGGCAGUGAGACAAGUGGCAUGGUUUCGAUCCCACAUAUGUGACAAGGAGUAUAGGGUCGUCUGCCUCCCAUGGUGGGUUUUCUCCAUGCCUGAAAUUGUUUGUCCUGAAAUAACCAGGUUUGUGUUGAGUGGGUGUUAGACAUUAUUCUCUUUGGUAAAAUUAUUCAAAUUUGAGUACAAUACCCAAUAGUGGCUUAUUGGGCUGUAACUAAUAUGAAAAAAUCAGGUGAUAUAUAUAUUUUUAUCAUAAAUAUAAUAUUUAUUAUGGGUGAAAUGUCUCAAAGAUAUAAUUUCGAUUUGCCUUAAACUGUCUCAGUAUUACAAUCAAAAUAUUGCUCAUUAAAUAUUUUUUACAGGUGAAAUGUCUCAAAAGAUAUAAUUUCAAUUUGCCUUAAACUGUUUCAGCAUUAUAAUCAAAAUGAUGCUCAUUAAAUAUUUAUUAAAGGUGAAAUGUCUAAAAUUUAUAAUUGCAAUUUGCCUUUAACUGUCUCAGCAUUAUAAUCAAAAUUUUACAAUAUAAUCUUCCUAGUCAAAAGUUAUUUCAAAUAUAAUUAAGGUCAUACAAAACAAAAUGUUCAGGUUCUCAGACAAUACUUCCCAAAAAUCUGAUGAGGGUAGGCAAUCUUUCAAAGGAUCAUGUGACUGAUCACAAACAUCAUGUUUCAAGGCACUACAUUUAUUUCAUCAUGUUGUUUAUAGUAAUGUAUGAUUAUCCAGUAUCAUGACUGUCAAUAACAGGGUUGCAUACUUGAUAACGUAGCAUAUGGUACACUUUCGGUUUCAUUUGAUUUUUUUUUAUAGAGUUAGUUCCUGUAAAGAGGGGAAAGAUGAAUGUGCAGCAGUUAAUGAGACUGUUGUUUUUAUUUUUUAAUUUCUUCAGAUAAAAAUGGGUUAUGCGCCCCUUUUUAUAUGAUGCUGGAGUAUCUGAGAACCAGAUUAUUUUUCUUUUUAUGGCCUAAGAUAUAAAAUGUUUAGGAAAUUAGUUUUUAAAGUCCUUAUGAAAAGGUAAAAUUACUGCACUAUAGUCUAGUCAUCUAGUGAUGAUCAGUUGGUUUUAAAAUUAAUCAUACAAAUAAUUAUUCAAUGAAAUUAAUUCAUAAUGAAAAAUUUACAAUAUAAAGCGAUUAAUAAGGGAUGGUAAUCAAUUCUGACCCCGAGUUCAAAAAGCAUUCCUAGACUUAUGUUAAGAAAUUAUUCCACUAUUAAUCAUACAGGUCACAAUUCUAAGGAAUCAAAGAAAUAUCUUUGAUAUUCAGAAACACAGAAACUUUGCACAUAUAGUUUCUUAUUGAUGUAUUUGGUAUAUUAAAACAACAAGAGCCUUAUACGGAGCUAUAGUUUAGUUAAAUUAAGGGGAAUAAUUUUGAGUAAAUUCUUAACGUAAGCCUGAGAAUGUUUUGUGAACUUGGGGCCUGGUCUAAAGAUAGUAUUUCAUGUUUUAUAUAGAGGAUUUCUCGUAGAUUACAUUUACUGGUAGUCAGCUGGUUUUGAUUUAUCAAAAUAUAGAGGUCAAAUUUUUCUCAAGUGUCCAAUUUGGCUUGAUUCCUUGCACAUGGGACUUCAGUGAAACCUCAUUGGUUGCCAUGUUUCCUGUUUUGUUUUUUUUAUAAACAAUAUUUAUUCAGAAACUGAGGGAAUUUUCCUGUUUCCAUAAUACAUGUUGGCUUCUGCUUUUUAAAAAUAAGAUUUUGAGUGAAUAAAGUAAAAAGAGGGGGUAGCGAAGAACAUUUCCAAUAAAGUACAAUUUAAUCCGAAAGUGCUUCCUGAAAAUAAACUUUAUAGGCCUAUCAACAGUAUUAAAUUUUAAUGAAAUUUAUUUAUUCAUGCAUUAUUUACAUAUUUUUAAGUCACAUUGUCAGUAUUAAAAGGAUAAAUUACAGCGCAUCUAUGAAUGAACUAUAUACAUCAACAGUAUUAGAUUUUCAU